CUUUUAGGGGUGAUGACAGGCGUGAUCACGGUCGUGAAGAGUGAUCACGCUAUGAUCACAUUUUUUUCAUACUGGGGCGCUCUUAAAGCAUUACGGUAUGUAAAUACAUAUUCUAAGUAAGCCGUUGUCUCCACACUUAGUGAGUUCAGGUGUAGAUCGAUAAGUUGUGGACCUCGAUGGUGCAGAGUACGCAUUAAAAUGGCUUCCCAACACUAUUUUAGCGAUGACCUCACAGGCUACGGGAAAACUGGAGUCCGUCUACUGAAAAUCAAACGAAUUAACGAAAAAUAUCACAGCAUUCGCGAGAUUGAAGUCUGCGUUGAGCUAAAGCUGAACAACAAGAACGACUAUCUCAAGGGAGACAACUCUAGUGUUAUUCCUACAGAUACGCAGAAGAAUACCGUGUAUGCUUUAGCCACGAAGAAUGAGCUGAACUCCAUUGAAGAGUUUGGAAUUAAUAUUUGUGAACACUUCCUCAGCAGCCACAGUCAUGUUGAUGCGGCUAUUGUCGAUAUCGAAGAGGCACCGUGGCAACGGAUUAAACAGGCUGGACUAGAGCACGCUCAUUCGUUCGUCUUGACUCCAGAUGCUCAACGCUUUUGUAAAGUUUCCCACAAGAGAGGAGAAAAUCCUAAAGUUUCUGGCGGCUUGAAGGGAAUGAAAGUCUUGAAAACAACCCAGUCAGGAUUUACAGGUUUUCUCAAAGAUCAAUACACAAUACUUCCUGAAGUUGACGAUCGUUGUUUCUCGACCACUGUGUUUUGUAAAUACGACUAUGAUUAUUUACGCGGCGUGGAUUAUGACAAAGUGUGGGACCUGGUGAAGAACACUAUACUGGACCUGUUUGCUGGUCCGGUUCACACAGGAGUCUAUUCCGCGAGUGUUCAGCAUACGUCCUACAUGACAGCCCGGUCUAUCUUGGGCCAAGUACAACAGAUUGGUUACGUCGAGAUUGUAAUGCCUAAUUCUCACUACUUCAACGUCAACAUGGCGCCAUUUGGGAUUAAUAACUACAACGAGGUGUUGCAGCCAGUUGAUAAGCCUAGUGGGAACAUCAAGCUCGGGUUGUCAAGGAAACCAAAAGCCAAACUUUAAUUAAGGUCCAAAUGUACUGUAUGACAUCUUGGCACUAGUCAUGUAAAUGUAUGACGUCAUGGCAGUAGUGAUGUAGAUGAUGACGUCAUCGCAAUAGCGGUGUAGAUUUAUUGUUAAUUAAAGGUUUUACAUUUG